AUGCGUGCCUCUUCAUUCAUUGCUCUCCUUUCCGCGACCUUCGCCGCCGCCGCUCCCAGCCCAGCUCCCUCCGGCGAUGCUGAGUCUUACGUUCUCGCCGGCCCGCUCCCCUUUGAGGAGCUCAAGGCUGAGGUCGCCAAGCUCAAGUCCGACGACGAGUCCAACGUCGCCCGUAGCUUGAACAAGCGUAUUUGUGAGGGCGUAUACAUGUGCGACCUCGACAACUUCGGCGGCGAAUGUUACUACGGAUGCUACCCCAUUAGCGUCGCUAUAUACCCUGACUCUUACUGGGUUUCCCGUAUUAGUUCGGUUGGACCUGAUUCAGGCGGGUGGUGCGAUUUCUAUGGCGGCAACGCAUGUGAGGCAACUCGCUUCUCUCACCAGAUCUUCAGAAACCCCGGCGGCAACUUGGCCGCUGGCAUCAGCAACAACAUGGGAUGCUUCUACUGCAACCCCAACUAA